GCCUGACAGUGAACAGAAUGACACAAACAUGAACGAGAUGCCAAGUGUAGACACAAGCGUAACAUUUUUAUUUUCAGUGGCAAACAAAAAUCCACAAUCGAACUUGGAAAUGCCAAGCCUUCUGGAGGAACCUAAAAGUGUUGUGAUGGCUCAAUUUCUUAAGAAGAGGCCCCUGUCUGAGGGGAGUGAUGUGAACUUUCCCAGCAACACAGACAGUUCUUCUGAUAGAUGCCCUCCUGAGGAGGAUGUGGCUGCUACAUCAACCAGAUCCCAGAGUGAGGAGAAUGAGAACCACCAAUGUAAGAAGAGGCACCUAUCACUGUCUGAGGGAGGGGAUCCUGAUGAUGUGAACCCUUCCACCAACACAAACGUUUUUUCUAACGGAGGGCCUCUUGAGGAGGAUAUGGAUGCUAAUUCAACCAGUAAGGGGAUUGAGAUCCACCAGAGAGGAAGCCCCAGUCCUGCUAUCAUCAACGUUCCAGCUCUGUCAAUGGACCUCCCAAAUCAAGUUGAAAACAAAUUACGUGAUACAUUUUACCUUCUACAAACAAAAGAUUGCAUUCAUCUUAAAGUUACAUGGGCAUUCUUAAAGUCAACUGGUGAUGUGUUUGUUGCAAUUCUGGAACUUAACAAUAUAGAGAAUAUGGAAAACAAACCUCGAAUAAUUAUUAGUCAUAUCAAAGAGUUACUUCUUGAGGAAACAAAAAUAAUGUUGGAAAACGAAGAGCAAUUGCAAAAUACAACAUUUUCUAUAUAUUCGCUCCACUCUCCUUCGCAAAUUACAGGUCAUAAAAUAACGGAUUUAGCAGAACUGAACAAGUAUGGCAUAACAACGAUUUUUACAGACUGUCGGACGGAAAUCCAAAACAUCCCAAAUCAUUUUGAAAACAUUUCUGAAUUUCUUGAUAAGUUCUACUCAUUACAAACAAAGGGUUGCAAGCAAAAGUUUGAUACACAACAUGCAUGGGCAUUUAUAGAGUCACCUUGUGGUGGAGAACCGGUUUCUGUUGGUUUAUUUAAAUUAGAAGAUUGCAAGAAGAUGGGUAAGGGCAAACAUUUAAAUAUUCAUACCGAAAAGUUACUUCUUGAGGAAGUAAAACAAAUAUUGAAAAACAAUGAGAAAUUGCGAAAUACUAAAUUGUUUAUCUAUACGCUCAAUUCUCCUUGUUUGCAAAAUUCAGGUCAUGAUUCAUGCAUGGAUUUACUGAUUAAGGAUUCAGCAGAACUGUACAAAUCUUAUGGUAUAAAAACUAUUGUUGGAUACAGCAAAUGGUACGGUUUGACUGGAAAGUUGACAACCUUUGUAGAUCCAUAUAUCAGCUCAUUCAAUCACUUUAAUUUGAUAAUCAGUAGUCCUACUUAUGAAAACUAUUGUGACAAAUUUGCCAUUUUUAACACUGAGUAUAACAAUAAGAAAAGCCAUGACUCUAAAUCUAAUUUUGAAGACAGAGAACUUACCGAGAAACUUUAUGAUUCGAGUAAACUAUUUCUGCCCAACAACAUUUCAGAAGUAGCUUUCAGAUUGCAAACUCAUAAAGACAUCCAUAGGCAUGUGACAAAUAAAUUUAUGUCAAUUAGCAAUUAUCAUAAAACAAAUGUGAAAACCGAUGAGAAAAAAAGUCUUGACCUACAUUUUUCCAUACCCCAUUUUAGAACUCUUAAUCAAUUCCAAAAAGUUGGAGAGUAUCUAGCUGAAAAAUUUGACUUGAUAAAACACAUUGGUAAUAACUUAGAUCGAUCUAAAGUACAUUUCAUAAAAUGGUGGACUAAAACAAUUGAGGACGAAUAUACUACUUUUCUUCGAGUUUCCAUUAAUAGACAUCUCAGUGAAUAUAAACACAGAAUCACAGUCCUCGAUCACAUCAAGAAAAACCCUGCAGAAUAUUUACAGUUUUGUCACUUACCACUAAGCCCUUUCCACAAACUAUUUAAUUAAUACAUGUAGCUUAUUCAUUUGAGGUUGUGAACUAAUGUCACAGUGAGCGCUAUUGGUGGAGAAGUCAGGUGCAGAAGAGCAGAGAGUUGUGAACAGGCACACACUUUAUUGGGCAGAGGCAAUAAAACAGACAGACGCCACUGUGUCAAAACCUCCAGCCAAAGGAUAAAGUGCAAGGCACGAAACAGUCACAACAAAUGAGCAAAUGUUACAACAAACAACCUUCCUGAAAUACCAUGGAAAUAACGGGAAAAACCCAGCCUGGUGCGUACACACGAAACACAUAACAAAUAGAAUUUCACAAAGACAUGGAGGGGAACAGAGGAAUAAAUACAUGCAGUGUGAUUAGGGAAUGAAAACCAGGUGUGCAGGGAACAAGACAAAACAAAUGGAACAAUGGAAAAAUGGAGCGCCGAUGGUUAGAAAGCCGAUGGCUCCCUGAUUAGCCCGGACCCUAAUGGUCGCCUAUCCAGAGCAUGUACCAGGAAAGGUCUAACCACAGGAAUAAUGGGGAUCCCUAAACUAAGGGCGAAAGCUCUGUCGAUAAAAUUCCCAGCCGCGCUCGAUGAGCACCUAAUGCUGGGAAUGAGUGGAAAACUCAGGAAAACAAACAGGUACAAACAGGUGGACAACAGAGGACCCUGGAUGAGAGUUGUGCAGACUCACCUGGGGUGACGCCAGAGUGCACUGCCUGCUGCCUCGACUCCCAGAGGGAACCAACCCAGCACCAACCGGCAGUGUGCCCUCUGCGGCCACAGAUGGUGCACGUGACGGCCCCUCCUCCAGCCUCCCUAAGCACAGCCCCUCCCAGCUCCAUGGGCACCGGAGCGGGGGUGCUGGAAGAUGUACCCGACGGAGUGACCAGCAGGUUAUGUACCCUGCUGGUGACCAGCAGGUUAUCCAACCUAAUGGACAGAUCCAUCAGUUGGUCAAAGGUGAUGGUGACAUCCCUGCAAGCCAACUCCCGUUGGACAUCCUCACGCAGACUGCAUCGGUACUGAUCGAUAAGGGCCCUGUUGUUCCAUCCUGUUCCGGCGGCCAAGGUCCGAAAUUCCAGGGCGAACUCCUGGGCGCUCCUCGUCCCCUGCCUCAAGUGGAAGAGCCGUUCCCCUCGAAGUGGUCCAAUGCCGCGUCUCCUUCUCCCCACACGACGUUUGCCCACUCCAGAGCUCUCCCCGAGGGGAAUGAGACGAGGGUGGACACGCUCUCCCUUCCCGAGGGAGCUGGGUGAACGGUGUCCAGGUAUAAGUCCAACUGUAAUAGGAACCCCUGGCACCAGGCUGCCGUCCCAUCAUACUCCCUGGGAAGGGAGAGACGCAUCCCACUGGGACUGGAUCCAGGAUGGCCGGGUAGAGGUAACCCCGGUUGCGCUGGUCGAGGCUUCCAGUCUCUCCCAGCGGUCCAUGGUCUGGACAACGAGAUCCAUCGUGGCACCGAGAUGUUGCAGAAUUGCCGAGUGUUCCCGGAUGCACUCCUCGACUCCUCUGUCCUGGAGGGGUACAGAGGAAUAAAUACAUGCAGUGUGAUUAGGGAAUGAAAACCAGGUGUGCAGGGAACAAGACAAAACAAAUGGAUUAAUGGAAAAAUGGAGCGGCGAUGGCCGAACGCAGUUUGCACAUGAUAUGUACGCCGAGGAACUUAAAACAGACUCUUUGCUGUGGGAGAUCACACCAACUGACUCAAGUUGGCUAGGAAUGAUUAUGGGGGCUGGAUAUCAUAAUGAUGUCUCCACUCCCUCUAUGGUGAAUUGCUGUACUGGAAACAUAUGCUUUAAUACUAAUAAAAAUAUAAUUGAUAAAAAAGUGUUUGUUUCCUCAUUUAGCGCUAUAUGUGGAUUUUUUUAAUAUACAGUUGUGGCCAAGGUUUUGAGAAUGACACAAAUAUGAAUUUUCACAAAGUCUGCUGCCUCAGUUUGUAUGAUGGCAAUUUGCAUAUACU